GGGGUCCGCUCCGCCGCGCCCGUGGCGGGCUGGGCGGGGGGCAGAGGGGGACAUCGCUCGCUGCUGGCGGCGGCUCGGGGCGGCGGGGUUCGCCGGCGGCAGCUCCGCCGCUGCCCGCAGCGCGUUUGGGCUGGGGUCGCGCCGCCGGAGACCCGGCUGCGGCGGGGAGAACCGCAGAGACGCCCGUAGCUCCGCAGGAGACGGCCAGUGCAGCGGUGCUGAAACUCAGGGCAGCUCCCCUGUCCUUCCCGAGCGCCGUGGGGCUGCGGGCGGUUCAGGGCCAUCCUUAGUUCCUCUGAGACCAAAGCUCAGGGUGAUGUCCCUCGGGGCUGUGCCACCCCCCAGUCCCAGCUCCUCGGCGGAGCAGUGCUCGGGCAGCGCAGAGUGCUGAGAGGAAUUGUCUGUGAACCUUGGAGGUAGCCGUCCCCUUCGGGGGCUUCGGCAGUCCCCAGCAGGGAUGACUCCACUGGUGCCCAUCCUCGGGCUGAGCCUGCCGCGCUUCCCUCCGUCCCUGCGCCCCGGUCCCCUCCGAGCUCGCCGUGCGAGUGCAAGCCCCGCCGCGGGCUGCCUGCCUCAGUUUCGCUGGGGGUUUCCGUUCCUCUGCCGCGGCUGGGGCGUGCUCGGCCGUGUGCGGGUGUGCUGCGGCCCCGGGCUGGGGCCGCGGUGGCCGGCAGCGCCUGGGACACCCCGCGGUGACAGGAGCCCCGGAGCGCUGCGGGAGGAGCUGCCGGGGGAACCAGGCUCCGACUGAGCAUGGUGCUAGCGUGGAAGCACUGGUAAAUUUGGCCCGAGGAAAAGUAAUUAUUUUAAUAGUUUUGUGACUUUGCAGCGUGUAACAGUAAAAGAUUUAUCAUUUCCAUCCCCCAGCUACACUUCGUAAACGUGCAAAUCCUUGUAAUUUUUACUCAGGCUAGCUUAACUUCAAGGAAUAUCUGCACUCCUUCCUCAGAGCUUGUAUGUAUUGAUGUAUUUUCAAAAAUGAACUUGGCUCCAAACUGCUGUGCAAGGAAGUUUCCUUGGGAACUUGUGAUAUGGGAGCCUGAUUUAUGGCUGUUGCACCUGAAGGUCUAUUUUUAUUCUGAAGAGUAAGUUUUGGGGCUCAGAAAGAGUUACUGCUGUGGGUUUGUUUGAGACUGAAGGCUCGAUCUAUUCCUGCCAGAAGCACUGAUGGGAAUUGUAAACAUUUUCUGCUUCAUUUGUUUUCUUGCUGGAUCUUGUUUCAGUUCUGAGAUAGGAAAUUAAGAUUUUGUUUUGGUUAGCUUGAGAAAAGGAGCUGCAUAUGCUGGUGGAGUAACUCAUUGUAUUCCAUGACAGACCCACUUCCCAGUAAUUCUCUUUUCUCCAACAUCUCUCCUAGACGCUUUUCUGCUUCAGUACCAUAAUUUUGUUAAUUUAAAGAAGUGAAGUUAGUUAAUAGGCAUUUCCAAAGUGUAAAUCUGAGGAAAUGUUCAGUGAACAUAUGGCUGCCCUGGAGAAUGCUCUGGGCUGGACCCAGUCCAGAUCUUGCCACAUUGGUACUCCCUCACUUUGUUCUUUUAAGGCUUUGUACUUGCAACAAGGAAUAAAGUUGUUUGUCACAGGGAUGUCAGUAUCAAAAACAAGCACAUAAAGGUCCAUUGCAUGUGAAUGCUUAAAAAAUAUAGUGGCUGCUGUAAUUUACAGAGAGGGUUCAAGCUCUCUCAAGUGUCAAUAAAGUCUACAAAGAUGUCAGGAAAGAUUGGAAAAUUCCUGUGCUCCCUGCUAAUGAACAGACCUGUCCCUUUGCAGUGGGAGAGGAAAUCCAAUCACUGCAGCCAGCAUUAAGCCAGAAAUCAUAUUUGCUGUUCUGUUAAUAGUUCAUAUAAAAAAAAUCUGAAGAACCUGAGUUUAUCACCCCCCAGCUGGCAAUAAACUAUACAUUGAUUUUUACAUGGAAUCUUUUCAUUAGAAAUACCAGAAUAGCAUGAGUUUUUCCCAAAUGAAAGACUUGUGUAACUGCUUAAAUCAAAAGGUUGACACUGUGAAUUUCUUCUUCUGUAGCUUUUACUCUUCCACACGACCUCAGUAGUCAAAAGUGCCUUUUGGUUUUAUCUAGCCAAGUCAGUAUGUCCAUUUAUUUUGAUAUUGGUCUCACUACAAUUAGUCACCCCUGAAGCUACUAAAUACAUGCUGGAUGAUGCAGAAAACAUGAGCCAGAUCCUUGGAUCUUUGGGUCUGCUGGUCUGUUCCUACCCUUCCUGUGGUGGGAGCAGUCCUGCUGUGGGUCACAAGGUCAUGGUGCUACUGGUUUCUCUAGUGAGAUCCAUUGCAAUGUGCUUUUCCCUGACAGUCAGUCUUGUCCUCAGAGCAGAGAACCUCCAGUGAGACAUUUGCAAGCUGUACAUGAUGAACUUUCGGUUCCUGCCUUCUGCAGGAUGCGUCAGCAGGACAUUGCCAAGGUCUGGCAGGACUGACCCACAGCAGAGCUGUACCAGAGGCUUCGAGCGUGGGAGCAGAACCCAGAGGACUGGAGAGUGCUGAGCCUGGGCUGAGCACACCAUGGGGGCAAACACCUCCAGCAAGUCACCAGCCUUUGAUGGGAAUGAGGAUGUUACCUUCGACCAUUUUGAGAUUUUGCGAGCUAUUGGGAAGGGCAGCUUUGGAAAAGUCUGUGUGGUGCAAAAGACUGACACCAAGAAGAUGUACGCCAUGAAAUACAUGAACAAACAGAGGUGUGUGGAGCGGAAUGAAGUGAGAAACGUUUUCAAGGAGCUGCAGAUUAUGCAGGGCCUGGAACACCCUUUCUUGGUUAAUUUAUGGUACUCAUUCCAGGAUGAAGAGGAUAUGUUCAUGGUGGUUGACCUGCUGCUGGGAGGGGACCUGCGCUACCAUCUCCAACAAAAUGUGCGGUUCCAAGAGGGAACCGUGAAACUCUUCAUCUGUGAGCUGGUGCUGGCCCUUGACUACUUGCAGAGCAGGCACAUCAUCCACAGGGAUAUCAAGCCCGACAACAUUUUGCUGGAUGAGCACGGACACGUGCACAUCACUGAUUUCAAUAUUGCCACGGUGCUGACGAAGGACAGCCCUGUCACCACCAUCGCUGGCACGAAGCCCUACAUGGCACCUGAAAUGUUUAGCUCCACAAAACCCACCAGCUAUUCCUUUGCCGUGGACUGGUGGUCACUGGGAGUCACUGCCUACGAGCUGCUCAGAACCCGGAGGCCAUACCACAUUCGGUCCAGCUCUUCCACGGAUGAAAUCGCGCGCGUGUUCCAGACAGCCGCGGUGGCGUACCCGGCCGCGUGGCGCCCGGACAUGGUGGCGCUGAUCAGGAAGGUGAGGGGCUGGGGUGCCCGGUGCUCCUGCCACUCGCAGCCUCUGCCCUGCACGGUGGGAAGCGCUUGCAAAUGGUCAGGCCAGUUGCUCGAGCUGAACCCUGAGAAACGUUUUUCUCAGCUGCAGGACAUCCAGUCCUUCCCGUAUCUGUCUGAUGUGAACUGGGAUGCUGUUCUCCAGAAAAGAAUAAUGCCAGAAUUCAUUCCCAUGAAAGGUAUACUAAACUGUGACCCAACCUUUGAACUGGAAGAAAUGAUCCUGGAAUCCAAACCUCUUCACAAAAAAAAAAAGCGCUUGGCUAAGAAGGACAAAGACACAAGCAAAAGCAAUUCAUCCCAGGCCAGCCACCUCCAGAAGCACCUGGAAAUGCUCCAGAGGGACUUCAUUGUUUUCAACAGAGAAAAGGUAAGACCCCACCAUGACAGCAUCCAAGGGAUCAUGACAAAAAGUGGAGGCCCACACAGGGAGGACAAUCAGAACAACAACCUCUGAGAGCAGCUCAGCCCCUGCAGAGGGGCUCCUCAUGGCACUGGGGCUCACCCACCCAUGCACCUUCACAAUGUCAGCCCGUGGACUUGUCCUCUGCUGCUGGCACCCCACCAGUAGCCCAGGGCACAGAGGAGAGCUGGAGCACCCACUCCCUCAGCUUCAUCCCCCGCAGCCAGAGGGUCCUGAGCAUGGGGGAGAGGCUGUGGGGACUGCCUUGCAACUGCCACACUGGCUAGACUCAGAUCCUAUCAUGUUGCCUUUCCUGGGGGCAAAAAUGGGACAAGACAAUGGAUAAAACAGUGUUCACCAUUUUGGCUUGGCUGGCAGGUGCCACAGCCCUUGGUGUCACCUCGCAGGGAGCUGCUGCCGUGUGCUGAGCAGGGCCACAGCUGUGCCACAGGGCCCUGCAGAGCUUGGCAUUCCCGCAUGGAUGGGCUCACGGCUGGUUGCCCAGGGGGAAGAGGUGGCUCCCAGAUGCAGGGUCUUCACCAAUGCAUUGUGACAAAAGUGGCCUUUGCUUACAGACAGCUCCUGCAAACAUCCUGUGAGGGUGAGCACAGGAGGCUGGAGAUGAGCUCCUUCCUUAGUUGGGAGGAGGCAGCAAAGGUUUCCUGCCCAUUUAGUGCUCUCUCCAUGCACCCAGCAGGGCUGGCAUGGUGGGUGGCCAGUGUGCAGACAGAUGUGCACACCAAGAAGUAACAACCAGGUGCUGCUGAAUCCAGAUGCUUCACCCAUCUAGCCUGAAAAAUACAUUCACUAUAAUGUUAAAACUGCUGCAGCUCACUGAAUCUGAUGGGGUUUGGCUUCCAAAAUGAGAGGGGAAUUUGAAUGUGUAUUUUGAAUGUCUCUACCACUGAAAUCACACUUGAUUUAAGCAGAAACUGUCUUCAGGAACAACUGCACUGCUGGUGUGGUCUUUCCAAGACUGAGAUUGGCCAAAGCAUUGCUACUGUGGUAAUGCCAGGAAUGAUGCUUUUAUUUAAAUGCUUUGACAGGCCUGAGGUUUCACCUCCUUGACAUUUUUCCCAUUCUUAGCAAUGUAGUGAACAUGUACUGAAGUCUUUGCCUCCCGUUAUCCUAAACGUCCUCUCUGCCCCAUGUGUCUGUGCAGGGGCUUGCAGCGGGUGUCCCAGCAUCGAGUGCAGUUUGUGUCUAAAAACAAGCUUUACUUUGGUGUCUUCCAUGUUCUGGUCCCUCCUGCAGUGGUGGGCAGAUGUGCCAUGGCUGGCUGCUCCCCAGCUGGCUGCCAGCCCCGCAGGGAGCUGGAGUGAGGGGCAGGCUGCCCCACUCCGUGCGCUGCAUCUCCCUCCGCAUCGCCCUGCCUGUGGAAACAGCCCCGGGAAAGGCGACCCUGUUCUGCCCAGGGAGCUGUAAGGCUGGAGUGGAAUUAACUCAUCAGCAAGAGGGUAUGGGUGUCCUCAAUGAGUGUCAUUGUCAUGGGAAAGUCACCUUUUCCUGCUUACUCACAACACCUUUCCCUGCUCCAGCAGAAGGCACCCCAGUUACUGUCACAGUUAAUGUCACAGUGUGCUUGCUCUCCCCUUCCCCAGCCACGCUGGCUUUCAAGCAAUAGGACUUCACAGUGGGGUGGGGACUCCACGUCUCUCUGCCUUUGACUCAUCAUUCCCAGGAAGGCUAUCCAGAGCAUCUCCAAGUUCUCCAUUGAUCAUCUGCUCUCUGGCACCAGGCAGACUGUGCUGACAGCUGUCCCUGUCUCCUGCACAGCACAUCGCUAUCAUUGCCUUGCUCUGGGGCAGGCAGAGGUUCAUACACCGUAAGUGUAUUUAUCUGGAAUCCCAGCUCUGCUCCUCACUAGGGAAAAAUCUGCUGCUGCAGAAAUACCUCUCCACUGGCUGGCCAGAAAAGCCCCAAAACAACUGAAGUCCAUAAAUGGAAAGAACAUUGCAUAUUUAAAAACUUUAAAAUUUAGAAAUUUAAAGAUUUCUACAACCAUCUCUUUAUUCCCCUCUUCCUCUGUACACAGAGGCACAGUCUCAGUUUAAUCUCUACCAGGCAACAGGAAAAAGCCUUAAUUACUUAAUGGAAGAACCUCACAAAGCUUGUAAGCACAGCCUUCCCCAACCUGGCACAACUAUUAUGGCCUGGCCCCUUAAGGAUUUCCGCAGAGACAGCUUGCCUGCCCGAGUUGCAGACAUGUAAAAAAAAGUAUUUCAAGGUCAAAUACUAAAGAAGGGGGGGAAAAAGUGUAUUUGUUUAGCAUAGCUGAAACUGACCCUUAAUUUUUGUAAUCUUUAACAACAAUCACUUUUUUACAUGCUUUGCAAGCUUUAAAGGACAGUGCCUCUCGUUCUAACAGGCAAUGCCUGAUGGAAGGGGAGCAUUUCACUAACAGGAGUCCACAGAAAACAGCCUCCAAGGCUGUCUGGCCAGGAUGACCCCAAAGCCGUGCCCAGGCAGUGCCAUGUGGCCAUGUGGAGACGGUCCCUGUCAACACACACGAGACAGGCACAGCUCUUGCCAGGCAGUCACAGCCCGUGGUGGCCAGGCCAGGCUCAGAGACUGCUUGGACAAACUGAACAGCGGUUACAAAUAUUUGUAUUGUGCUGUUUUGCCAAUACCGUUACCUUUGCCUGAGAAGCUACACCAACACCCUGACACGUGUAGCAGCGAGCACUGCAUGGUGCUG